ACCACACCAAAUGGCGACAGCCAACGCCCCCACCCCCGCAGCGCCCACAGUGUCGCGCCUGCCGCCCGACCCGGCCCUGCUGUACCAGCACCACGGCGUAGCUUCAGGCAGCCGGAUAGCGCUGCCCGAAGCCCUCGCCCCGCGGUACUUUCACAACCCGUGGCCGUCGUACCGGAUGGCGUCGCUCAACGACGCGUGGCUCGCAUACCAGAAGGGCGCGGCGAUCGCGACGCCGCAGCUGGGCGGGAACGCCGCGGCGUCGAGCUCGAAAGUGUCGCUGUCAGCGUCGUGCCUCGGCUCCAAGCCGGACGACGAGGAGGCCGCGCAGCCGCUCACGACGCCGCCGUUCGCGCUGCACGGCUUCCGCGACCCCGCCGACGACUCGGACGACGAGCCCCUCAACGACGACGCAGAGGAGUGGCCCAAGCGCCAGCACCCGCCCGAGCCGGUGCGCGGGUACGUCCGCCCGGCCUUCUCGCGUAUCCUCAGCGCCGACGACGCGAGCGACUGGCGCGAGCCGCCAGUGCGGGUUGAGGAGGCGCGCUGGCAGCGGAGCCCGCGCAGCCCGUCCAUCACUUGGCUUGGGCACGCCGGCGCGUUCGUCCAGAUCCCGUGGGCUGAUGAGAGGGAGGGCGCGGCGGGUGUGCUGUUCGACCCGAUCUUCUCGUACCGCUGUUCGCCGAGCCAGCUCGUCGGCCCCGCGCGAUACCUCCAGCCGCCGUGCGGCAUCGACGAGCUGCCGCCGGUGCAUGUGUGCUGUAUAUCCCACGACCAUUACGACCACCUGGAUUACAAUACCAUCAUCGAACUGUGGAACUUCCACCAGGCGACGAUCCAUUUCUUUGUCCCGCUCGGCCUCGCACAGUGGUUCAAGAGCUGCGGGAUCCCCGACGGCCGCAUCACCGAGCUCGACUGGUGGCUCGAGGCGCUCGUAUCAUUCCCACCAGACGGCAGCGCGCCAGGGGCUGUCGACACGACGUACCCCCCGCCACCAGAUAGCGCGCCGACUGUGAACCCGGGCGCGGCGCUGACGCUCAAGGUGGCGUUCACGCCGGCCCAGCACCGGUCCGGCCGCGGCGUGUUCGACCACAUGACGAGCCUGUGGGGCAGCUGGGCCGUGGGUGUUGUCGCGGCGGACAACGUCACCAGCGCGCUCAAGCCCGGCAUGGCGGGCUGGACCGACUUCAAGGUGUAUUUCGGCGGCGACACGGGAUACCGGUAUGCCACGGCUCCAGAACACGACUCGACGGCCGUGUGUCCAGCGUUCAAGGAGAUUGGGCAGCGGUACGGCCCCUUUUCGCUUGCGUUGCUGCCGCUGUCGACGGGCUCGUCACUCCCCUUCCUCCGCAGCCUGCUCCAGCUCUCGCUCGACCAGUACACGCUUACUUCGAGCUUGCACUGCUCGCCCGCCGACUCGAUGCUCAUCCACGCCGACGUUAAGGCCGAGCGCAGUGUCGGCAUCCACUGGGGUACAUUCUGCGACGCUGCCGAGGCUCGCGCGACGCGUGUAGAGUUUGGCCGUGCUCGUCGGUCACAUGGCCUCAGCUCACAUUGGGAGCACCCCGGCGAGCAGGGCUGCUUUGUCAUGACGGAUAUCGGCGAGACGCUCGACUUGUAGCUGCACAGGCUAGACAUAGACAUGAGACAUGCAUGUGCAUAAUGUGGGUGGUGUGGUACACAGACAACACAAUGAUGGUAGCGACAGGAAGGGAAUGAUGGAUUGUUGGGGGUCUCUCUACUCUUGCCCUUAUCGGAUCUUGCUCAGCCUCUCUCGCUCACGCUCGCGCUCCUUCUUCAGACGUGCCUCCUUGGCCGCCUUGUGCGCC